AUUUUCAAGUUCAAUGCCGGCCAUGCAAGCAUUGAUAUUUGCAACAAACUUAAGCAAAUAUACCGAUGAAAAUAAUAAAAAAACAAGUGAAAUUAUAUUUAGUAAGCUGCUUGUUAAAUUUUUUCAUAAUUUGAAGGUGCAAAAAAUUUCUUAUAAAUAUGCUGCGAGAAACAGUAAAAGAUAUCAGUUUCCACACAGUUUUCUUGUAGUAAACAGUCACAAGCACCAAACGAGCAAAAUGUUCAAAUAUAUUACCUUCGCCGCUCUCUUCGCAUUCGCCACCGCUGCUCCCGGCUUCAUCGCUCAACCCGUUGUGGCCAAAGUAGGUGCCGUUGUACACACCGUUCCAUCUGCCACCUCCCACCAAAGCAUCACUCAAGUGCACAAUAACGCUCACAUUGUUACACCUGUUGUGAAAGCUGUGGCUCCAGUGGUUCAUGUCGCUCCAGUUGUGAAGACCUACGCUGCUCCUGUAGUUCCAGUAGUCAAAACUGUGGCUCCAGUCGUCCCCGUGGUUCAUGCUGCUCCCGUAGUUCCAGUUGUGAAGACUUACUCCGCCCCGGUGGUUCAUCAUGUUCCAGUGGUGAAGUCUGCUGUUGCCCCAGUGGUGCCAGUAGUUCAUGCCGCUCCUGUUGUGAAGACAGUUCUUUCAGCCCCUGUCGCCCACUUUGUUCAUCACUAA